AUGCAGGCAAUCGAACUUGAGCUUGAAGUCACAGUUAAGACUCAUGAAGUAAGAUCUGAGUAUGAGCGGCAAAUUGAAGAGCUUUUAGAAUUGACUUGCUUGAAGGUGCUGUUGGAGCUUUCUAGACAUGUUCAGUUGUUUUCAUCAUUUAUGAAGAAAUGGUGUUUGCAGUAUCUCUCUUUGUUAGUACAGUUCACUUGGCAAAAUAGCAUCAUGCGUGCUAUGAUGGCCAAGGAAAGAACCAAGCUAAUAGAAGAACAACGUAAUUUAAGUGAUUCCUCGGAAAUAAUGUCUCCUGGUGCAAGAAAUUCAAGGAUUUUUGCACUUGAAAACAUGCUUGCUACUUCUUCUAGCACCGUGUUAUCUCUGGCAUCACAAUUGUCAGAAGCAGAAGAGCGCGAGCGGGGUUUCAAUGGCAGGGGGCGUUGGAAUCAAGUUCGGUGCCUGUUACGAGAUAAAGAAGUUGCAUACAGAGAGAAGGAUUUGGAAAUAAGAGAUUUGAAGGAAAAAGUAGUAAGCCUCAGUAGUUCGCUCAGGAAGUUGGAGAAUAAGAAUGCUGAACUUAUGCAUCAGAACUCAGCGUUGAAGAAAUCUGAAAAUGGACACAAGUAUGAUUUGCGCAAGCUAGAUUCACGGACAUCAUUCAUCUUGGAGGACAUGGAUAUAUCUGACUCAGAUGAUGAGUGGAUAGCCUCAGGAAAGCCAAAGACUAAAAAGAGAAAGUCCAAAUAUGGAAGUUCAAGUGAGGGAUUCAAUGCGCAAAGUAGUAAUGACUCUGGAGGCUUCAAGUUAGAUAGUACUGGUGAGGGGAUAGUCAGUGUUGUGAAGAAAAGCGAGUCGGGCGUAUGCUGCUCUUGUAGCAAGACUUCCUCCUGCAAAACAACUAAAUGUCAAUGUCGAACUACUGGAGGAGCCUGUGGGCCAUCAUGUGGUUGUGUGCCUGCUAAGUGUUCAAAUAGAGAAUCCAGCCUAGUUGAGGUACAUGGGUCUCCAGAAGAAGAAACUGCUCAAGGAAUUGGAAAUGAUGAAGGCACUGAUGAAACAGAGAAGAAUCAGCAUCUUGCUUCUCAGGGUGCCAGGUUACUUCAGAAUGCAUUAGUUGAGAGGCCUAGUGAAACAACUGAUGAUGGUGGACCAAGAAGAAAAGCUCUUUCAGAGAUCGGAAAUACGUUGGCCAAAUCCAAUGCACCGAAGCCUAACCAGAGAAACAAAUGGCGAAGAACCACAAUCCAACUGGUUACAAAUGCUCCGCCUCCCUCGCAGCCAGCAACUGCUGAAGCACCUCAAAGGCCAGAUAAAGGGGCACCAGAGGUACCCAUCCCUAUGAAGCUUCCUCAAGGGGCAGAUAAAGGGGCACCAGAGGCACCCAUCCCUAUGAAGCUUCCUAGGGCAAUGCGAUCAGCUGCAUCAAAUGGUGGCAACUUAUUUAGAGAAAGGAAUUCUGAUAAAGCAGAUCAAUCUGGUGUCAAUAAGGAGGCCGGUGUUCCUGCUCCAAGAAGUCCUCUGCGGCAGAACAAAACAUCAGAUGAGAAGGAGAACUGUGGCCUUUAA